AUUAGAUAUGGCUGAUCCAUUAGCAGAUGGAGCCUCUGAACGGAUACAAAGCGGCACGGAAGCAUCUGGCAGCAGCAUUCGCUACGUCCAGUACACGGACGAGAAUGACUUGCCCAUCGUCAUGGACCUCGUGGAUAAGGAGCUCAGCGAGCCAUACUCCAUUUUUACAUAUCGUUACUUCUUGCAUCAGUGGCCCCACCUUUGCUUUAUCUCCUAUGAUGGGGACAAGCCAUUCGGCACGGUCGUGUGCAAGAUGGACUUGCACAGAGAGCGGAUGCGCGGCUACGUCGCCAUGCUUGUAGUGGACAAGGCUUACCGCGGGAAACGCGUUGGAUCUGAGCUCGUCAAGAUGGCGAUCUCCGAGAUGGUGAAGGGCGGCUGUGAGGAGGUGAUGUUGGAGGCGGAGGUGGUCAACACGGGGGCCCUGAGGCUGUAUCAGGGACUGGGUUUCGUGCGGGACAAGCGACUGCACAGGUACUACCUGAACGGUGUGGACGCCUACCGCCUCAAGCUGCUGCUGAAGCUGUCGGAGGCCAGGUUGGCGGAGCCGGCGGCGGCGGCGGAGACAGGAGGCGACGGAGGCGCGGAGGUCGCGACGGAUAUGAUUGCAUGACUGGAGGCCCCGGCCCCUGGCCCCCUCUCGUACCCUCGAGUGCCCCUUCCCGGCAGUGGCGACCGCAUGUCGCCACAGUUAUAACUGGCGAACGACCUGGGUGUCGACGUGCCGCUGCACGCUGUCUUUCUUGAGUAGAUAUUAAUAGUCAUGAUGAU